AGGCGGGCUUUAUCGGAGCAGGAGUUCCCUCAGGCUGUGGGAAGGAGGAUUAACGUUAAUGGUGGUCUCGUACUGUCGAAUAAUGAGAGCAAGUAACGUGUAGCUCCGAGCCUUAAUCGAUGCCGAAUGUAGCUGGACAAAGUUCAGCUGAAGAUUUGUAAGGAGAACUGACGGAUUUUUGGCGAAAAAAAUAAAUAUAAAUAUCUCAGGUGUGUGAGUGUGUGUGAGAGUGAGUGAGUGAGUGAGUGAGAGAGAGAGAGAGAGAGAGAGAGCGAGCGAGCGAGCGAGCGAGAGAGAGAGAGAGAGAGAGAGAGAGAGUGUGUGUGUGUGUGUCGCGGAAUAAGCCUCGGUUCAGAGAGGAUCUCAGAGGGAAAAGGACAGAAAAGAGGAAGACUGUAAUGAAGCGUCCUCGACGGAUUGGACUGUAACCGAGGGACACUGGAGACACCGCGCGCGCUGUUUGUAGCCUGUUUCGCUUUGCUAGCUAGCGCUUGUUCGCUAGCUAGCUAGCUGACAACCACAGGCUAACUAGCAUAACUGACUAGCAUAACUAAUUGACUGCCUGACUGACUGGGUAACUAACUAACGAACUUACUGACUGACCGAUUGAGUGUUUUAUUUACGGUGAAUGAGCGGGUCUCUGCGUUAUGGUUAUAGUUAUAAAUAGCUAGCUGAGACAAGCUAGUGCGCGCGCCGGAAAUCGGGAAUCGACUCGUAUGUUGAUUCGGAAUCAGGGAUCUGAGGUGUGAGAAGAGCCGAACUGAGGGAUCUCCGUCCUUCCUUUCCUUCCUUCCUGAACCCCGGCCUGCAGUCAUGGGCAACGCGCCCACCGCCAAGAACAAGGGCAGCGAGAUGGAGAGCGUGAAGGAGUUUCUCGCUAAAGCCAAAGAAGAUUUCCUUAAGAAAUGGGAGAAUCCAGCACAGAACACCGCGUCUCUGGACCAGUUUGAGAGACUGAAGACGCUGGGCACGGGCUCCUUCGGCCGAGUCAUGCUGGUCAAGCACAAAGAAACGGGGCAGCACUUUGCCAUGAAGAUCCUCGACAAACAGAAGGUGGUGAAGCUGAAACAGAUAGAACACACACUGAAUGAGAAACGCAUCCUGCAGGCCGUGAGCUUCCCCUUCCUCGUCCGGCUGGAACACUCCUUCAAGGACAACACGAACCUGUAUAUGGUGAUGGAGUACGUUCCAGGAGGAGAGAUGUUCAGUCAUCUGAGGAGAAUCGGCAGGUUCAGUGAGCCUCAUGCUCGCUUCUACGCUGCCCAGAUAGUUUUAACCUUCGAAUACCUUCACUCACUCGACCUCAUUUACCGAGAUCUUAAGCCUGAGAACCUGCUCAUCGAUCAGCAGGGCUAUAUUCAGGUUACAGAUUUUGGCUUUGCCAAGCGUGUAAAGGGUCGGACCUGGACGCUGUGCGGCACUCCUGAGUACCUGGCUCCGGAAAUCAUCCUCAGUAAAGGCUACAAUAAAGCGGUGGACUGGUGGGCUCUUGGUGUGCUGAUUUACGAGAUGGCUGCUGGAUAUCCCCCGUUCUUCGCUGACCAGCCUAUUCAGAUCUAUGAGAAGAUCGUCUCAGGCAAGGUGCGCUUCCCUUCCCACUUCAGCUCAGACCUGAAGGACCUGCUGAGGAACCUUCUCCAGGUGGACCUGACCAAGCGCUUCGGCAACCUCAAGAACGGCGUCAACGACAUCAAGGGCCACAAGUGGUUCGCCACCACCGACUGGAUCGCCAUCUAUCAGAGGAAGGUUGAAGCCCCCUUCAUCCCAAAGUGCAAAGGUCCAGGUGACACCAGCAACUUUGACGACUACGAGGAAGAGGAAAUCCGGGUGUCUUUUACGGAAAAAUGCGCAAAGGAGUUUGCAGAGUUCUAGAGCCAGCCUGGAGAGAGCGACGGAGCGAUACGGACAGUGGAGGGAAGGGACGGAGAGAGAGAGAGAGAGAGAGAGAGAUAUGAUGGCCUGGAGUUUGUUUCCAGUAAACAAAACGAACAACAUUAAUGUAGAGCCCCCCCUACUGUAUACACUCACAGACACGGGGAGGAGGGGGGGGGGGUGCUAUUAAAUAUGUCCCAAGAAAUCCAGCAGUGUUGCCUUUCGAGAUCGUUUAUCUUUUAUUUCUCUCUCGUUAGAGUUAUAAUUAUUAUAUUUAUCCAUUUUCAUUUACUGUCAGAGUCAUAGCAAGAGUCAUCUAGGUCAAAGUGCAGCCGUCUCUUUGUGACACACACACACACACACACACACACCCCUUCAUCUCUGGUUCUGAAUCGAAGUUUGUCCAGCAUUGCAGCUCAUCUUUUAUUUUUCUUUUAACGCUUUUUUCUCUCACUCUCUCUCCUUUUCUGCUCUGUUGUCCUGUUUCAGUUGCUGCCUCUUUUUUCCCCCCUUUUGCACAUCGUCCCAAAUCUGUCUAAGCAAUACCGAGACGGCAAACAGUCGAAGGGGGGGUUAAUAUUUUUUCCCCUGAAGCAGAAAUCACAAAAUUCUCAUCGUUGUGCUAAGAACACGGCGGAUCUCCUUCCUGUCUUUGCUUCUUUCUUUUUUCCCCUGAAACAAGGGGUGAAAAUGCAGCAGGUUUCAAUCCGUACGAACUGCGUGUGAAAUCGUCGUGACGAUCUGAGUCGCCCGCGAUCGGAAUUCUCUGGAUGUCCGAUAUGUUGUCACGAAGGCUUUAAAAGGAGUCGUUUGUAACUUUUAAAGCUCGCAAGCUGACAAACUUCGAUCCUCUCUGCUGAAACUUUGAAAGCGUCAUCGUUUGCUGUAUAAAAGCGUACGAACACUUCGGUUUAGUGGUUUUGUCCGAACCAGAAAAAAAAAAAAACAGCGAGGUCCGUUGCUAGGCAACAUCGCAGAUAUCAUUGUGUUGUCUGAAAUUAUUUCUGUGUCUAAUAAUUUAACCUACUUAUAUUUUUAAGCAUCAGAUAAAAAUUCCAGCAUUUUAAGCAGCACUCUUUCAUAGAGGAAGCUGAUCGGCCUCGUCCACGUAUGCGCUCGAGCGGACGGACGCUUGUGAUUGGCUAGUGUCACAGUGAUUGACAGGUAGAGAGAGUAUGCCCCUCCCAUGCAGAGCACAGCACGGCAUGUUUAUUUACUCUCGUGCUCCCCACCCACAGAUGUCAUUGGAUUGGGACUCGCGCUUUCUCUAAACCGCGGCGGUGCUCACGAGCUCCCUGACUGUGACCUCUGUAUCACACUGUUAUAUAACACACCGUACGUCAUCACAUUAAAGGUCUGCUUUGGUUUGACGCUUCAGGUUCAGAACAUAACGAAGUAAUUGUGUGUAAAUGUUUUUACACACAGUGCGAAACACUCAGUGAUGGAUAAGAGAUCCAAAGCUGUCUGUUCACGUCACUUAACUCUGCCAGGCUCGAUUUCUAUCUUCCUAGUUUUUACUUAUUUUUAUUUUUUUUUAUUCUUGCUUAUAAAACGUCCGACGUGUACGACGAGCCUUCAGCCGGAGCUCUUCGUCUUUAACGCGGAAAGAGAAAACCAUCGUUCUGUAGGACAUAAAGUGGUUCUGAACGCAUCUCGGCGACGAUCGAUCGUUUUUCAUCGGACGCUCGCGAUCGCCGUGAGGACGGGGUCGUGUCAGCCGAACAAAUUGGUUAUUAUAACAAACACGACCUAAACUUUUUGGCUACAGAAGGAUGUUUAAGGAAAUGCCAUGUAGCUUUUUCUCAAUUCUGCGUGCGAACCGAUUCCAACAGCCGGAGAUUUGAGUUACGUUUUCGAUGAAGUAGUUCUGGGACGUCACGUAGGUGUAGAAGCGCUUCCGUAAAAACGUCCCAUCGUGUCAUUGUUCGUUCACAUUCAGGACACUUUAUUUAACCACCAGAGCCUUUUUUUUUCCACCUGAGCGUUUUCUUCUUCCUUCCUUUUUUUUUAUUUUUGUUGAUUUGUUGAUUUGAUUGUUUAAUUUUUGUUAAAGGAUAUAAAGUGUUUGUCCUCCAGUAAAAAACCUCUGCGCCGUUCUGCUUUGUCUACUCGCACGCUGGAAGUAGAACCGGACGCUCGCUGUAGCCGCGGGGAAACCGUUUGAGAAGAACGCGUCCAAAUUUCCGCACGACAAACGAGUCGACGUUCCUUGUAAAGUCGACCUCGAAGCUCUAGAGCAGGUCCGAGAUCUCCGGGUGCUUCUUCUCUGCACGGUUUUUACACCCGUGAUGAAGAAAAGCAACCAAGAACCAUGAAGUUUAUAAUCAGCGAUCGUUUAGCGCGGUUCUCCCUCGCGCUCGCCCUCUCCGUGUCCUCUUCGAUUCUCUCUCUCUCUCCAAAAAAACCCCAAAAGAAUAAAGGCAAACACGGUCAGAGUCACGUGCCGCUCCGUCUCUAUCUCCUCCUCCUCCUCCUUCACGUCACCUACAUUAUAUCAUCGAUCACCUUCUCGUCCACUCGUCAGUUUGCCUCUGUACACGUCCACGGCCCUACGCUCUCCUUUUUUAAAAUCACAGAAAGGAAAGGAAAGAGAAAAAAAACACCACCACCAUUAUUGAUUUAAAUUUUUUUUGUUGUCAUAUUUUCUAAGUGUAUUUUCAAUAACGAGAAACUCUAUUCCUCCCGACGCAGGUAUGGUGAUGGUGUGGUCUAAUUGUACCUUCUUUUUUUUUCUUCUUUCUUUUUUUUUCGGGAAACAAUACUGUAUAUUCUUCUGCCUUUAACAGUCUUAAUUCUUUUACCUUCUGGAGAUGGAGAACUUGAUGGAAAGAAGAAAAAAAAGCCCUGUAAGACACACGGAGUAUGUUUAAAAAAAUAAAAAGGCAAAAAAUAAUAAUAAUAAAAAAAAUACACAGAAUAAUAUUUUGCAACAUGUAUCAUUCCAAUAAAGUUUUAAUUGUUAAAAUGA